AUGCAAUCCCCAGAUUUGAUUCCCAGCACAUCGGAGGUCGGCUCUCUAACAGCCAAUUCCAACGAUGAAAGCCAAUUUGUGGGAAGCUCAAGCGGCGUCUUCUUCGUGAAUACUGUGCGCCGGGCAUUUGCCCAAAGUCUGGGAUCGAUGAAAACAGCUCCAACACCGGAAUUUCCAGUUCCAGAGGACACAUUAAUUGUGUGGGAAGCGCCAGGACUAGACGAUGCACGACAGCUGAUGAUGACUUAUUUCAAGAUAUGGCAUCCUCUUUUUCCAUUUCUCCAUGGGCCGUCAUUCUUACAUGCAAUGGAAGCAUUCUAUUCAGAGGGUAGCGCUGGCGAUGAACUCUCGAAGGCGGUAUCAGAACAUCAUAGAGUUUGUUGGUCCGCAAUUUUCCAAUGUAUUUUUAAUAUAUCCAGUACCCUCCAACCGGAUCUGCAACUUGCCCAAAGGGCAAAGAUUACAUCUGCUGCUGAUGCACUCAAGCUAGCCAAUGUGCUUCUCAAUCGUCAUGACAUACUAUCCUUGCAAGCUAUUCUAGCUAUACAAUUGUAUCUCGUGGCUAGCAUGUCUCUUCGUAAUGCAUCUCUGCUCGGUGGAACUAUUCUACGAGCCGUUCUUCACGCAGGAUUUCAUCGUUGUCCUUUCCGAUAUCAGCAGCUCAGCGCCCAUGACUGUCAAUUACGAAAGCGCAUCUUUUGGUGCUUUUAUGCCAUUGACAGGUAUCUAAGUCAGGCUUUAGGUCUGCCUCUUGGAAUACAGGACUCUGAUAUUGAUGUAUGUCUACCGGGAUCUCCUGAAAUUCAUACACCAAGAAAUCCUCGCUGUGCCCCAUCAUUGUCGCCCCCUGCUGAGGCUCCAGAAAUGGCAGGCAGUAAUAGUUUUCAAGAUGGCGUACUAAGUAAUCCAAAAUGGACAUCCCGGAGUCCCUCUGGAGAAGCAUCACUGAACCGAGAAGCCACAUUAGCAGGCUUUGUCGCGUAUGGAAAACUCACUGGUAGGGCCUUGGAAUUGUUUCACAAGUCCACCCACAGUCGGGAGAUUCGCCGAAGUGCUGUCUUGUAUCUUGUGUCCGAUGUUCAUAAAUGGUGGAACAACCUUCCAAGCACUCAAUCUCCAACGGAUGCCAAGAAUUCGUGA